GGAAACUGCGCUGUGUCCUUUCCUUCAGCGAAAAAACGGAAUGCAUUGCUCCAACCGAGAGCUUUCACAGUAAAGAGGUCUCACAAAAACAACAAGUGCACAAGCUCUCAAAAGAAAACAAAGAAGAAGAAGAAAAAAGGGACUUAUUGAUUCGUACACAAAGUACCGAGCCAAUAACUCAUUGCAUGCACUGACCCGUCGGUAUUCGACACUCAUUUGUUUGGUGUCAUGACAUGACCGGUAACGCCGGCUACAUACAAAACAGCACGACGCAGGCUUUGCCCUCUAGAAACUAGUCUAGCCGGAUAGCUUGCUUAAAUGGUCGGUUGUUUGUCAUCGUCAUGCCAAUCCCCUUUCUCACAUACGUUUACCAUCAUGGUGCCCCGGAAUGGAUGCCACAGCCAUGGAACAUCAUCAAAGGCGGCGGCACUCUAGCCGCCCUGGCCCUUACCAAAUGGUACUGCACCGGCGCAACAAACCUGUCGGAACGCAAGAUGCACGGCAAGGUUGUCAUGAUUACUGGAGGUACAUCCGGCAUCGGGGCAGCUGCGGCAUUGGAGAUUGCCAAGCGAGGCGGACAGGUCGUUUUACUCACCAAGCAGCCGCCCUCGGAUCCAUUCUUGGUCGAAUUCAUUGAGGACAUGCGCUCGAGGGCAGGUCACACCAUGAUCUAUGCCGAGCAGGUCGACCUCGAGUCCAUGUACAGCAUCCGAAAGUUUGCAACCAAGUGGAUCGACAACGCCCCUCCCAGGCGUCUGGAUGCCAUCGUGCUCUGCGCCGCCACGCUCACGCCGCCCGGGAUGCCUCGGACAGAGACCGCCGAGGGCAUAGAAAGCGUAUGGAUGGUCAACUACCUCGCCAACUUCCACCUCCUCAGCAUCCUCAGUCCCGCCAUCAAAGCGCAGCCGUUUGAUCGCGACGUGCGAGUCAUCAUGGCCACCUGCCCGUCUUACAUUGCAUCUCCACCGCUGAGCAAAGCCAUUGACGCCGACGCCUGGUCGCCCGGGACGGCCUACGCGCGAAGCAAACUCGCCCUAUUGACGUUCGGCAAGGCUUUCCAGAAGCAUCUGGAUGCCUACAAGCGGCCGGACCAGCUGCCCAUGAACUCGCGCGUCGUCUUUAUCGACCCGGGCUACUGUCGCACCACGGGCAUGACGCGCUGGAUCUCCCGAGGCACGCUGUGGGGGUUGUUCGUCUACCUGGCGUGUUACUUCUUCUCGUGGCUGUUGCUCAAGAGCCCGUACAUGGGGGCACAGUCCAUUCUGUUCGCGCUCAUGGAAGGAGAGCUGUCCCGAAUCCCGGGCGGGCAGCUGGUGAAGGAGUGCAGGGUCGUCGAUUUUGCGAGGAAGGACAUUGAGGACGAGGAGGCAUCCAAGAAACUUUGGGAGGCGAGCGAUGCCUUGAUUGAGAAGACCGAGAAGGAACAGGGUGCGUUGAGAGCCAAGAUGAAAAAGGAGGAAUCUCAGAAGGAGAAGGAAAACGAGGAGGCCGAAAAGGUGCAGGAAGUAGAGGCUCUCGUUGAAGCCAUCAAGAAGGGAAGAUCCAAAGAAAAGGAGAAGGAAAGGGAAAAGGACAAGGAUAGGUCCAAAGAGAAGUCAAAAGACAAACAAAAGGAUAAGGAUCGAUCCAAGGAGAGGACCAAGGACAAGUCCAAGGAUAAAGAGAAGGAGAAGGAUAAGGAAAAGGAUAAAUCCAAGUCCAAGUCCAAGUCUUCCAGAAAGAAGGAAUGACAAAAGAGAACCAGACUUUAGAAGGACAAUUUUGUGUGUACUUUGUAUUUAUCAGAUGCAGCGAGGUCCUAGUAUGGCGCCGUUUGUACAAUAUGAUACCCUAGAAGUAGACAUACAUGAUAAUAACAUCUUACUAAUUUGCUUGAACUAAG